GAGGAUAUGGAGGGAGAGGGCGACAACUCUUAUACGAGAUGGCAGCAACAUGGUGGUGGUGGUGGUGGUGGUGGUCACACAUGAGAGACCCAGUCCACCUCGGCGAGCGGAGGACCGCCGGUGGGGACUGCAAGCCGGCACAUGCUGCUAUCACUGAACAAUCCAAUCCCGAGAGGGACUUGCAGGCGUUGCAGGAGGUAAUCAAUAUCACAGAUCGAAAAGGCUGCAGGUUCCCACCAGUCUUCCCAGGUGCCUCCUGGUCAUCAACAUGACCAAGCUGCAAUCCAAGUCCUCUCCAAAGGCACACUACUGUGCGAUGGGCGGUUAAAUUAAGUGGGGGACUCGACUAGAUGCCAUCAAUAACUGCACUAAGCCUUUCUCGGGAUAGCUGGGCGUCUACAACCCUGUGUCGAUUGG